ACACUGGCUUAAAGAGCCCUUUGGAAAUCGAAUCGGCGUCCGAGGAACGAACCAGCAGCAGUGAGCAUGAAUGACGUCAAAAGCCGAGGGAGGGGGGGACGAUCCCGCGAUCGCGAAAAAGACCUCCACGUGGGUGACUUUGCCGACGUUUCCCGGAACCAGCCGCUUUCCGGCGCAGCCGUCCGAGCGUGAUGGAUUUGAAUUUGCAGUUUUGGAGGAACGAGGGUCGAACUUUUUACGAAAGGUUGAAGCACUGGGUAGAUAUUUUGGACCCCUUUGUCAUAUUUACACCUGAGGCGGACAUUAAUGCAUCGAGAGAUCUUUUACUGAAUAGUGGAGAAAAUGUAAUGUCUUCACAAGAUAAAAAGGUCAGAGAGGCCUGGAAAAUAAGUCUGAGCUGUGUGAAUUCCAGCACUGGUGAUACAAUUCCAUUCUACUUUAGAGGAGGAGGUUUUGUGUUUAUUUCUGCUUCAUUGGCUGCAGUUGCUUCCCUACCAUACAGAUCAUUUUUGUCAUCUUUUGCCCGGCAGUUUGUUUUCCAUGCGUAUAUUGGUGGAUUCAGUUUGGCAAACAGGAAUUCCAUAAAAAUGCCAAUGGAGAAUGGUGAGAAAAUUGAAUUUCCAUGGAAACAAGCAUUUCUCUCUGGUGGGAGCACCCCAGGUUUGGCCUUGUUAGGAUCUCUCCCACAUUAUCUUAUAGAGCGUAAAAACUCACUAAAUACUCCAGGCCAUUUCUUCAGCAAGUUCAUGGCAAGUGCUUUUUUUGGUGUUCUCUGUGCAUGCAAUGUGUUCGCAGUCAGGAACUUGGAACGUGAGAAAGGGAUUAAGGUCAUGGGUAGCACGGGUGAAGUUAUUGGAAUGUCUCAAGUCGCAGGGAAAAAAGCUGUAAGAGAAACAGCAUUAUCCCGGGGUAUACUCUUUGGUCUGCCAAUGAUUAUUUCUGAAACUACUGUGUAUCUCAUAAAUCGCAGAAGAGUUUUCCCACAAAAUUCAGUAUUUUUGAGAGUGUUCCUGGUUUAUUUUUUCUGUUGGUUAAUACUGCCCAUUUCACUGAGUUGGACUCCACAGUUAAGAGAGAUAAAGCGAAAUGAGCUUGAGCCUCAUCUUGUCUCUUCCACUGAAGAAACGACGUUUUUUUUUUAUAGGGGAGUUUAAUAAUGGGGCACCUUGAUGGCUUUCUAGGAGUGCCAUUCUUGUAAUGAUGAAGCUGGCUUUUGUGCAUAAAAGAGGAACUCUGGUAGUAAGGUGAAAGUUGGUCUGAAGUAUUCUGAAUCGACUGUAACAAAAAAACUAAAGCUAAUUGGGGAUGGGGUGGAGAAUAAUCAUGUUCUUAUAGAUACUUCUCUGUACAGAUAGGAUUUGAUUUUGUGAUCUACUUAUGUCCCAAUAAUAAAAAGGACGUUAUUCAAAAAACAGACCACUUAUCUAGAAAUGCAAAAUUGCAUUGUGAUCUGACUUCUAUAGGUUAUUUUUUUUAAAUGGGAGGAGGAACAUAUGUGAUAAAAUGAGAUGUUGGAUUAGAACUGGGGACACUCGCAUUCAAGGCUAUUCUCUGCCAAGGAAAAUCACUCUGUGAUUUUCUGUUCCUACUUUCUUUCAGGCCAACAUGUUCCUUUUGGAGAAGGAAGUUUUGUGUCUAUUGUUUAGGACUUCUGGAGAAAAGACAGGAAAUAAAUAAAAUAAUUAUAUAGAAUAAAGUCUGCCCUGCUCUGUAUUCUUGUUCUUCUAAUGGGCUAACCCUUAAUUUAACUGAUGACUAAGUCCCUAUUACCGUCUGUAGCCCAUUUCCCAGGAUUGCUGUAAGUCUGGCGUAAAGCCCUCUCUUGGGAGUUCCCAAUGCCAGAACCUAUUUAAGGUGAGCAGAUGUUAGCUAGGUGCUGCUACUUGUUAUGACAUAGAACAGGGCUGUCAAACUCGGGGCCCUCAGGCCAGAUGCGUCAUAGCAGUAGCAAUAGCAGUUAGAC